UUUUUCAUUCUUCUGAACCUUCAAUCUUUAUCCAUACUGAUUCCAAGUUUCAAAAAAUUCAGUCAUAUCAACUGCAAGUACUUCACAAGAAAGUUGAUACCAGUUCUUUCAGUUAAAACAAAUCUUUGUUAGAAAUGGCAAUUGGUUUAAUCAACAAUACCAUCUUGAAAGCCCAUUCGUCUUUUGCAUCAUCUCUUCAUAUUCCUGCUGAAGAUGUUAUAAUUCCUCUUACAAUAUUCGAUAAAGCUGCUUUCGAUCUUCACGUAGCUGUUUUAUAUGCAUUCAAACCACCCAUGCCAUCAAAUGAAGUCUUGAAAGAUGCACUCUCCAAGGUUCUUGUUUACUACCCACACUUAGCAGGAAGGUUCAUAACAGAUGAUCUUGGUCGAACAUGCAUCAUUCUAAAUAAUGCUGGUGUUCGCAUAACAGAAACCUACAUUGCUACAACCCUAACUGAACAACUCCCGUUCAAUCCAUCCAAAGAUGUUAGCCAUCUUCUUCCACCUGUUGAAGGAGUUGAAGAGUUGUUCCAAAUUCAACUCAACCGAUAUGCAUGUGGUGGUCUAGUUAUAGGUGAAACAUCUCAUCACCGUGUGGCUGAUGGUCAAUCCAUGAGUUCCUUCUUUGUAGCAUGGGCUAGAAUGGUCCGAGGUCUCGACUUAGAAUCACUUCCUUAUCAUGAUCGGUUCGCUGUUUCUCAACCAAGAAACCCACCUACCGUCGAAUUCGACCAUCCAUCUAUCGAGUUCAAAAAGACAACAGUUAAUCCAGACACUACUCCCAUCUUUUCUUCCAUUGAGACUUUAAUAAUCAACUACUCUACUGAAUUCAUUAACAAGCUCAAAGCUAAGGUUCUUGGAGAAAAUUGUAACCCGCAUCAAAGAUAUAGUACUUUUGAAUGCUUGCUUUCUCAUACAUGGAAGAAAGUGACUCAAGCUAGAGGACUUGAUCUAGAAGAGUCAACCCAAGUAAGGGUUGCAGUGAAUGGAAGGGCAAGAAUUAAACCAGCUGUGCCCAUGGAGUAUUUUGGCAACUUAGUACUAUGGGCUUAUCCAACUUUGAAAGUUAAGGAGUUGUUGCAGGAGAGUCAUGCUUAUGUCUCCAAAGCUAUCCAUGAUGAGGUUAUUCGUGUCGAUAGUAGGUAUUUCAAAUCAUUUAUCGAUUUCGGAGCAGCAAAAGAAAAUGUAGAUAACGAAGGGGAUGACCUCGAAUCGACAGCACCAGAAUUUGGAAACACACUGUGUCCAAAUUUGGAAGUAGAUAGCUGGUUAAGAUUUCAGUUUCAUGAUCUUGAUUUCGGUGGUGGAAGUCCUUGUGCAUUUUUUCCACCCAACAUUCCGGUUGAAGGUUUAAUAAUCUUCUUGCCUACAUGCAGUGAAGAUGGUGGGGUGGAUGUGGUGAUUUCACUCUUGCCUGAACAUGUUCCUCUUUUUAAACAAAUCUCUCACUCGAUGGAUUACUAGCUAAAUUAGUACACUAAUAUUAGUAGUUCAUAAAAAAAAAUUACUUAAUUCAUUUGUUAAGCAAUAAUUUUUAAUACUGUAAUACAUUUUUGAAUUCUUUGCAUAACUUAAGUUGGAAAGAUACGUGUUAAACAACACAUAAUUACUAUCCUUAUACCUUGAGUUGUGUAUACUAAAUUAGAAAAUCAAAUACAUGUGUCUUUUGAUGUCUCAAUGAAAUGAAAUAUAUUUACUUUAAGAA